AUGGGGAAAAACAAGGACAAACUCGAACAUGUACCCGACGGAGCCAUUAAGCUGGAAGAACAAUCACAUGGAGUCUACAAACGCGAUCGCUUUACGGAGUGGCCGACAAUUACCCCCGAGAACAGUAAUGAUCUAGAUGGGGAGGAUCUCGGUGAACCGACCACUUCUGCUGAACCACCAAGCCACUCCCCAGGACAACCCGACCACACUACUCGGAUAGGUGAUCGGGUUGACCCUCCAGUAACUCUGCCUCCUGUAGACAAACCAGGAAGAGAGAAGCAGAAAGAAAGGAGAUUCAUUCCCCCACCUUACAAGCCACCUCUGUCGUUCCCUGGACGAUUUCUCAAGGAACUCCUGGAGAAGUACAAGGCAUUGUUCGAGAAACAGAUGCAAGAACUCGAACUUCGCAUGCCCCUUAUGGAUGCCUUCACCUUGAUACCUCCUUACCAGAAUUUCCUGAAGGACGCAGUCAUGGAGCGAAUCAAGCAAGUUCAAGGGAUGUUUAUACUCAAUCAUGAGUGCAGUGCCAUAAUUCAGAGGACUGCCGCACCUAAGAAACUGAGCGACGCGGGAUCGUUUACUUUACCUUGCUCGAUUGGACCAUUGAAGUUCGGACGAUGUCUUUGCGAUCUGGGGGCAUCAGUCAGCUUGAUGCCACUUACUGUAACUAAACAUCUCGAAUUUGAGAAAUACAAGCCUACCAACAUCCAACUGGUUCUGGCAGAUCGAACUACGAGGUUGCCAAGCGGAGUUUUGGAAGACCUGCCGGUCAAUGUAGGGUCAGUAGACGUACCAACCGACUUUGUGGUUUUGUAA